AUGUCUAUUGCAAAUGAUAUCGAUCAACCAAGACAUAAAAGAAGUGAUGAAGGCAUCAGAGAGAAUCACUCUAGAAGUAAGUUGAAAGCAGGACUGUUUUAAAAUAGCUGUUACUCAAUAGGUUCUGUAGAUAAAGUCCAAAGAUCUUAUAUAUUAUUAGUACGGCCUACACAUAAUAUGAUGUAUGCAUGCUAUUGAAGCGAAGCACGUGUAAACUAAACAAACGCAGCAGGCAUCCAAUGUAAUCCUGAACAGCGCUUUCUCGAUUUAUGCACAAUCUCCAAAUUCCCAGUAAGAUAUAAUCAUUAACAACACUAUUAAUUAUUUUAAAGUAAAUGCAUAUAGAAGUGAUUUGGCUAUGUCGCGAAAGAGUCCUUAAACUCCAUUAAACGAAAUCAUAGCAAUAAGACUAGUAAGACUGUAGGGUUUUGUUCGUAUGAUUUCUGUCAUAUCUGUUGUCUAUUUAGAUUGCUUUUGAUGUUGAUACUCAAGUACAGCUUUGACAGUGUAAAUUCCCUCAUUUCAUGAUAAAGAGUACAAAUUAAGGCAACAUCUGAAAUGCAGUACCUACAGCAUAUGUUGUUAUCAAUUUAUCAUGUUUUUUCUCCAUACGGGUCAAACUAUUUAUGACGAGUUACUUUCAAUAAACUUGAAAUUUUAUUUUACGUUCUGACUUGUUUAAUACAUCAAAAGAAUUUUUGUAGCCGUGAUAUCUCUAUCGGUAACAUGUCAUCAUGUGCAAGGCCUCUACGGAGAAUGUUGUCUUGACAAGAGUGGAAAGCCGUGCCUCUUUGACGCUUACACAUGAUGCUAAAUUAUAAUUACUACAAAUACAUGCAUGCUCAAACCCUUACAUUUUCAAACCGAACAACGAUAUUUCCCAAUCAAUAUUUCAACAUAAUCGAUUUUAGUCAAAUAUUCAGAAAUAUAUAGGAUUUAAAACAAAAUUGAACAAUGUAUUGUGUUUGCUGUGUCAAAGUUAGCGGUAACCAUGGUAAUAUUUUUUUUUCUUCUACAAAAUAAGAAACGGAAUCGAAACUGGUUAUACUCACGUCCGUAUUCUAAAAGCUCACUCACACUCAAUGAGUGGAGGUUCAAUCUGAGCUUCUCUCGAGUGUCAACGCUGUUUUUGAAUAACUGGAGGGUGAGUAGUCACAUAGUAAGGUACGACACUAAUCCUGCAGCUAUACAAAAACAGCAUUGAUACUCGACAGCAGCUCAGAUUGAACCUCCACUCAUUGAGUGUGAGUGCAUGAGCUUUUAGAAUACGGGCGUAAGUCUCGUUUUCGCCAUAAAAUUUCCAUAGAAUUGCUAAAACUUACGUUUGCUAAAUCCAUACGUUUGUUAAUAAAACACUUUGAAAUGUUUUUCGAAUAACUAAUUAACUGCUGUUUGUGUUUAUUAAUACGCUUGCACUCCCGGUUCUUUUUUGAAAAUAUUUGGUUCAUUUAUAAGAAAUUAAAGUCACAUUGAAAUGCAAGAAAAACGGUGUCAAGCAGCUUCUUAAACAAGAAGUACACUUCAAACAUUUACACAAAUUAAAACACAUGCACGUAUAUAGCAUGUUGACUUAACUACUGUAAUUAAUGUUUCAUGCCGUGCCUUAUGUCACAUCGGCUUAUUUCUUUAAAUCUUUAAACUAUUUUCCUCUUAUCUUUAAAAUUAUUCGCUUUAUUUUUGAGACCAGAGGAAAGGUGAUUGAUUCAGGAAAUAUUGUGAUGCGCCCACCAUCAUUGAUGGACUGUUCAGUCGGCCGCUAGCUUUUCAUUCACUUGGGAUAAAAUAGUUGAGCGGAAUCAGUACCUCUUGCUAGCUAUAGGGUGUGUGCGCUGUGUGGGAAAACGUACUACCACUUGCAUGAAAUUAAAUAAAAUAAAAAAAUAAUCAUAACCACCUGUGCUAAAUUAGUAUUAUAAAUGCUGUUGUAUAAUUUAUAGGGCUUGAUACUAGAAUGGCUCAGCAAUUAGCUAUAUUUUGCAUCCAUGAUGCUUGUCAAUAUAAAUUUUCAGGCCAACACAAGGCAUACAAAACUCAUGUAUGCAAAAUAUAUGCUCCAUGGACGUCUCCACAUAUAAUUAUGACAAUUUUGGUCCAUUAAUAAUAUUUUUGAAUUUAUAUUCUAUUCUGAAUAGAAUUUUUUUUCUUAUAGGAAAUUCCACGAAUCUCUUGGUAAGCAGUAUAUUAUAUAGAAUGAUAUUAUUCAGGCUUUCACCUUAUUGCACAUGUUGCUCUCUUCAAAGGGAUACUCAGUUUUCGAAAUUUAAGUGUAAAAUAUCUCACUGGAACAAAUGUUUAAAGUGGGAGUCAUGGUGCAAAUACCCAAUCUAUAGUGGACCUUUCAAGAUUCUGGAUAUUUAUUUUAUUGCCACUCACUAGGUAGAAGGUUCUCUCAGUUGGCGUAUAGAGUUUAGUUUGACAUAAGUUAAGAUAGAUACUGUAGCCUAACUUGCUACGCAGCCAAAUUAAAAUUGAAGAUGGCGUUUCCUUUUUGUAAUGCAUCUGGGACUACUUUUGGCAUCCUUUAUGAGUACACAAGUUUUCUAUGACAAGUUUUUAUGUGACAAGUUUUAUUUGCCAUGUGCACGUAAUGUAUCUGCAACAAAUUUUAUAUGACAAGUUUUCAUAUGACAAGUUUUAUUUACUGGUGUGAACGUGUCAACAAGUUUACUUUGACAAUUUAUUAGUAGCCAGCAAUGUAAUAGUACAGCGGACAACGCGAGCGCUGGCAAAUCACAUCAAAUGUGAAAUGCUCAGAUUACUUUGACAUGUUUUCCUUGUUGAUCCAUAGAGACGAACAAAAUUUGUACUUUGACAAUUUUUUCUAUGACAAGUGCACUUGUUCAAAAUCUAGCAUGCUAGCUUUUGAACAAGUGCACUUGUCAUACAAAAGUUUGUCAAAGUUGCGCCUGCAGACGAGCAAAUAAAACUUGUCACAUAAAAACUUUUGUCAUAGAAAACUUGCUCGUCUGCAACCAGCUUUAGCUAAUGGGCAGUAAAAUUGCUGCUUGUAAUGUUACAUAUCUGUUUAUACACCAGUAAUUCUUAUGUACAUAGGCAUUGUGUUUUCUUAUGCCUCUGGAAUAGUAUAAUUAAGACGAGGAAAUAAAAUUUGACCAUGGAUUUUGGCAAAACAAAUUCGUAAUUAUAUCUAUGCUUAAGGAAUCUAGUCGCGAAAAAUUGAUUGUUUAGUGUUUAUGCGUGUAGUGCACGACUUAUUUUGGCCACGGUCUAUUUUCAAUCGUAUAAAUGGUCUCGUCUUUAAAUUCUCCAAGCAGUCAUGUGAAUUCCAUUGUUUCCAUAAUGCCGAUGAUAAUAUUAUAGUCUAUCAAUUAUACUUCCCAUAUGUUAGGAGACUAACAUAUUUUGGUGAUUUAAAUUACUUUUGUUUAUCUUACAUGCCUUACCGAGUAAAUAAUUUAUCAAUGUAUGUCAACCCUUAUUAUUCUUUUGGUGUCUGAGUUUACACAAAGCUUUUAGCAAGCAGGUAACGCAAAUUGUACUGUACUGUAUACCUAUAAUGACGCGUUAUUUGCAUGCAAUGACGUUGUUAAGCAGCUAUAGACAUUGAUUCGCUGUAAAUUAUUUUACAGUCUGGUCCGGGAGUUUUGGGAAGAACAACUCCUUCCCAGCUCCAACUGCCAUUGAAUAAUUGUGUUGUUGGCAAAAAGGUGGUCGUUCCCCUUCAGAGCAAUUUUUUUCAUUUUACAAGAUAAAAACUUUGCAAAAACAUUUUUUAAGGGCACAGUGAUUGAAAUAAAAAAUUCAAAAAAUUUUUUUGGUUACUCAUUUAUUACACUAAUUAGCGAGUAAAAUUCGGAAGGUUUAAAAAUAUAGGAAUCCGAUAUCACAAUCAGCGCAACUGCCGACUACUAUACUGUACGUGCAAAUCAGUAAAACUGAGUAAUCCAAAUUACCACUGGCGAAAAACAAAGAAAUGAUCAUAGUUAUUAGCCUAACUCCAAUUAUGAUCUUUUCUGAUUGGCUAAACUUCCUACCGAAUAUAUUUGUAUAAUAACAACGUUCAGUUAAAGUGUCACUACCGCCAAAUAUGUUUUUUGGUGUGCACUGUAUAUAUAAUAUCUGAGUCAGUUCAACAAGAAAUAUAACAUACUUUCGUUGGCAAAAAUUAGUUUUCUGUUUCUCCCGCAAAUUCCUCUGACAUCAUUUCUAUUCGGCAACCUUGAAUGUUACGGUGAUAACGUUGGUCAAGGUGAAGAUUUCGUUCCAAAAUAUGUUGCAUUCCCUUACCGCAUGACCCAGGUAUUCAUGAUCGAUUUCUUAAAUUUCCAAUCAGUUUACUUCGAAUUUCAACCAGACCAACACAAGAUAGGUAAUUCUAAACUUUUACAGCAACUUUUCAACUUAUAAAUGCAAAAAAAGCGAUUUUCUAUGACAACUUUCACGCAGCUUGCUCAGAAGUCGACCUCGAGGUUAGCAAAGUCAGUGCGUUGUCAUGCCGACAAAAAUGAACCAAUCACAAAGAGAUUUGCCAGCAUUUCUUAAAUAACAUACAUCAAAAGUUGAAUUUAAAAAAUCUCUUUGUGAGUGAAAUAAUCAUGCAAAUUUGGAAGGAAAACGUGUUGCUAGGGCGUUGCUAUGGAGGAAAUGUUUAAAAAAGGCCUCUUGAAGCCUUAUUUUCUCAAAAAUAAGCAUUUUUGUAGGCAAGAACCACAUGUUAUCUUAAAGUAUAAUACCUAAUGUACCUAUUUAUAGUAUAAAAUUUUUAAAAUUUUUUUUUUCGAAAUUCACAAUUUAAAGGGGGAAUGACCAUUAUUAAAUUAAUGUUUGUUGGAUUCAGUAUUCAAAGAUCCCAUUCAGAAUUACGAGGCCCUCGCGCCAGGUUAUUCUCCAACAACCGAUUCCGCAAUAGUUCUAUCGCCCGUAUUCUAAAAGCUCACUUUCACUCACACUCAUGCAUUGAGUGGAAGUUCAAUCUGAGCUUCUCUCGAGUGUCAUUGCAUGCUGUUAUUGAAUAGCUGGAAGGCUAGUAUCAUACCUUACUCGGUGACUACUCGCCGUUCAGCUAUUCAAAAGCAGCAAUGGCAUUCAAGAGAAGUUCAGAUUGAACCUCCACUUAGUGAGUGCUAGUGUGUUUUUAGAUUACGGGCGUACAUUACUUUUAUCCUACAACGGAUAUGGUAAUAAAGAUUAAGAUUUCCUCAUUUGACAUGCAACUUUUAAGAUUAUAUAUGAAAUAUUUUUCCCGAUUUUUCAUAUCUUGAAGAAUUUUGACUGAAUGGAAUGGGUUAGUUUCGGAUCAAUAUUUCCAUCCAUAGAACUAAUAGAUAUACAAUAUGUGUUUCUAUCUCUUCUCUAUGAAAAAUAUGUCUCGACUCCACAGUCCACAACAUGACAGGUUUAUAUUUUAUAGAAGGACAUUUUCUCCCGCCCCUUUCUCCCGUGGCAAGCAAUUUUGCGCGACUGCGGGGUGUGCAAAUUGUUUUAAUUAAUUGAACAGAAAAUAGUUUCACAAGAAACCUAUUCUAAUGGAUUUUUGACGAAAAUGCUUAGUUUUAAACUGAAUUAGGUUAUAAGCAAAAGGUUUUGUUGAUGAAAGGUAGUCUUCACCAAAUUCAAAUUUGGUGAAUCGACAAUGAGACACGACCUCAUCCCCAGGCCGUUUUGCAUCCACGGCUGAAAGUCGAAGAAAAUGGUCUUGGCAUCGGCUGGUCGAUUAUACAAUCCCAUUGGCCUGUAGUAACUAAUAUAACGAGACAAAGAGGAGACAUGAUUCAUGAUCAAGUACGUAACUGUAUAUAUUGCAGUGAUUUUGUUGAUGUCAAAAACAGGAUUAUUUAUAUUUUUCCUGUUGACUAAAUGAUGCCAUGCAGUUAAUUUGUUGGUUUAAAUAAAUGCAUAAGUAUAAUAAUUUUGGGUUCAUUUUGGUUCAAACAUUUUCCAAAAAAGUGUGAAAAGGUUUUCCACAUAGUUCUAAAAGGUUUUUUAUCAAAGACGAUAAGCUAAGUUUUUAUUGGCAUAACAGGAUCUCAUUCCAUUGAACUGAUUUUGAAUGGUAAUGUAGGCGGAAAUUUUGAACGUAAAUUUUAUACAUUUAUUUUAGACCUAUAACCAGCUAGGAGCAGAUGCCCAAAAAAUCCUGAUAUCACAUUAGUGUUAUCACAUUAGUGUUUAGUAUACUAUAUGUGCAAAUAAAAUUGUGUUUACAUAGCUCUACAAAUGCACUCUGUCGCUCUGUAGCUGAGUUGGUUAGAGCGGGCUCACAAAGCCGCUCGUUCGAUUCCAGCCAGAGAGGGCCUACACUUUCAUUUUUCGCAGCUGCUCUUGGUAUAAGGUCUAGAAUAAUGUAUACAAUUUACACUGAUAAUUUCCAUCUAUAUAUAUACAAAACCUUCCAACAAGACCUUCAAAAAUAAAUCAGCUGUUCGGUUUGUGCAUUUUAUCAUUUUCUUAAAUAGAUUUCUGUCACAGUGCAGCUCAGUUUUGUUGAGUACAGCAACUCCAUCAAGGAAGAUAUCAUCCCUGCUGUUGACAUAGCAACUGCGUCCAAUGGCACCACUGCAUUUGAAAUUUUAACACUGGCAGCGAAACAAAACCCAUGUUACAGAUUUCAAUACAAGACCUUCAGUUUUGGCCGUUAUAUUACACAGAUUUGUUGUGUUUCUGAAAAUACGACCACUCAGUAUCAUUGGUUCAUUAAUAUCAAUGACGGACCAUCGCCAGUUGGAGUUGAUGAACUUAAACCAAGCCAUGGAGACAUCAUAAGAUUUGAGUAUCGAUAUAUAAAUUACAAUGCAAGCAAUCAUCAUGAGAAAGUAAUUGGCGAUCAGUCGAAAACAGGUAUGAUUCCACGCGCGAGUCGCGAGGAUGACGUCUGAUCUAUAUAAAUGUUUACUGGACUAUAACUGUAGGGAGCUACCUUUAAACGUAACUUGCGACGGACAUACGGUUUCAGCAAGUUAGAGAUCAAACUAAUUUAAAAUACAUUACACAACUAAAAUAAUGUUUUUUUAUUUUCUAAAUUUUUUUAUCGAUAAAAUCAUCUAAUUUCGUUAUUUUCAUGCUGCAGGAUUCAACCAGACAGAUGUUGAAGAUACAAAGCCAGAGGUAAGACUAUUUCAGAUCGCAUUUCCAUCAAACACUGAUACUCCAUAGUCAGUUGCAAGUCUAAAGAAUGCGUGUGAUACGACAAAUGCUAUGUGGAAAUGUGGUGUCAAACAUUUAGGCAGAGCAUCCAACUAUGAGAAAACGAUUUUAAUUUCCAAGCGAGUAAAAUUCCGAAGGUUUAAAAAUAUAGGAUAUCCGAUAUCACAAUCAGCGCAACUGCCGACUACUACUAUACGUGCAAAUCAGUAAAACUGAGUAAUCCAAAUUACCACUGGCGAAAAACAAAAAAAUGAUCAUAGUUAUUAGCCUAACUCCAAUUAUGAUCUUUUCUGAUUGGCUAAACUUCCUACCGAAUAUAUUUGUAUAAUAACAACGUUCAGUUAAAGUGUCACUACCGCCAAAUAUGUUUUUUGGUGUGCACUGUAUAUAUAAUAUCUGAGUCAGUUCAACAAGAAAUAUAACAUACUUUCGUUGGCAAAAAUUAGUUUUCUGUUUCCCCCGCAAAUUCCUCUGACAUCAUUUCUAUUCGGCAACCUUGAAUAUUACGGUGAUAACGUUGGUCAAGGUGAAGAUUUCAUUCCAAAAUAUGUUGCAUUCCCUUACCGCAUGACCCAGGUAUUACACAUAGAAAAAUGGCCCUCUCCGAAUAAAACAGGCGACCCGUAGUAGCUCAACCAGGAGGCGAGGCGUUACUGGGAGACUCGUACCCGUAGAAUCAGAACCAAUCAUGGACAGAAAUUAUAAACUGAAAUGGAUCGUAGGUGUUCGAAAUUUGUUCGGUACAUUAAAGCAGUUAAUAUUUGAAUUUCUUGCGGAUUGUGGAAAUUUGACAGAAUUUCUGUAACAGCUCCUUAAAAAUCUUAGGAUAAUGUGUAAACAGUAAUUUAUCAGUAGGGAGAUUAAGCUUCACGUUUGCGGGAACGACAAACGUCAUAGUCGAAUUUUGUUGGCAGAAUUUUUGCACAACUUCUUCUCGUUUUUUUAUCUCAAAAGAAUCAUGAUACAUUACAGUCUUAAAAUAGCAAGUUGAUUUCCCUUUUAUUACCUUGUAGCGUAAAUGUUUUCUUCCCCUGGCGUUUGCCAUUUAACCUUUGAACGCGAAGCUAGAAACUCCCUAAUAUCAAACACCAGCUGCGCAACUUUGAGUAUCGGUGACUCAACCAAUUAUAAUAACAUCAAUGCCUUUACCAGGUUUCUGUUUCCGUCGGACUAAGUUUCGCCGACCAUCCUUCUCCAAAUGUUAUCCCUUUUCACGAAGUCGAUGCAGCCAGUAAUACGACAGCUUUUGAAUUGCUGCAACUUGCCGCAAAACUCAACCCAUGUUACAACUACCGAUACAAACAGUUCAGCUUUGGCCGUUACAUAACAACGAUAUGUUGCGUGGAACAAAAUACGACGUCUGGUUUUUAUUGGUUUGUUUAUAUUAAUGGCAAACGUUCAUCAGUUGGAGUCGAUUUACUCAAGCCAAAAGAUGGAGAUACAUUGACAUUUCAAUACGAACAGUGGAAGCUACAAAAUACCAAUGAUACAACACUUAGUGCAACGUACAGUACUAUGAAUGCACCUGUAACAACACCCCGGAGUACUCCAACAGGAAAAUCGGCGAAAACGUUUUCACUCUGGUUCAAUCUAUACCUCUUGUCAGCAGUUGCAAUAUUAUCUUUGCAAUUAUAAACAACUACCCGAUCAUUCGUUUUUUGUUUAUGUAUUGCUUAACCAUAUUCUUGUUGCUAGUAGCAUACUUCUUCUGCAAAAUUAUAGAAAUUAUCUGCCAUAUUAACACACACAGUACAGCAAAAAGGCACAAAAGAUAUAACUCGAAAACG